GACUGUGGCACUUGAAGUUGUCAUCAACACCGCUGUGACUCACGGCACUCUCUCUUCAGCCCUAGUCAUAUGGACAGUGAUAAAAUGCCUUUCUCUUCAUUUAGCCCGGCCACAGGAUCGUGUGAAGAGAAUCGUCCAUGUGCCCAAACCACACCACACCUAAGUCUGAAACAAGGGAGCUGCAAAGCUGCAGAAUGCUAGUAAGUGAUAAAGACACCCUGUGCAUCAGGGUUAUCAUCUGAGAGAGAGUGGACCCUUCUAGGACCUGUUGUUAGAGACCGGGCUGACUACACCCUGACAGAAUCCUGGCUGAGAGAAAAAGCCAGACAGCAGACGUUCCUACACACCAAUGACUGUUGUAUGCAUUUCUUUGUGCUGACAGUCAACCAUGGGUGACUGGAGUUUCUUGGGCAACAUCCUCGAGGAAGUAAAUGAGCAUUCGACGGUAAUCGGUAGGGUGUGGCUCACGGUCCUCUUCAUCUUCCGAAUCCUCAUCUUGGGCACAGCCGCGGAGUUCGUGUGGGGCGACGAGCAAUCGGAUUACGUGUGCAACACGCAGCAGCCGGGUUGCGAGAACGUUUGCUACGACGAGGCAUUCCCCAUCUCGCACAUUCGCCUGUGGGUACUCCAGAUCAUCUUUGUUUCCACACCCUCUUUGGUGUACGUGGGUCACGCUGUCCACCAUGUACACAUGGAGGAGAAGCGCAAGGAACGGGAGGAGGCUGAGCUCAACAGGCAGCAAGAGAUGAACGAGGAGAGGCUGCCGCUCGCGCCCGAUCAGGGAAGCGUCCGUACGGCCAAAGAGACGAGCACAAAGGGCAGCAAGAAGUUUCGUCUAGAGGGCACUCUCUUGAGGACCUAUAUCUGCCACAUUAUCUUCAAGACUCUCUUUGAGGUAGGCUUCGUGGUGGGCCAGUACUACUUGUAUGGCUUCCGAAUUCUGCCGCUGUACAAGUGCAGCCGUUGGCCGUGCCCAAACACGGUUGACUGCUUCGUCUCAAGACCUACAGAGAAAACCGUUUUCAUCAUCUUCAUGUUAGCCGUGGCCUGUGUCUCACUUUUCCUCAACUUUGUGGAAAUCAGCCAUUUAGGCUUGAAAAAGAUCCACUUUGUGUUCCGUAAACCGGUGCGGCCGCAAGUCGAGGGACCAGGGGCAGCCGAGAAGGCCUUGCCUUCCAUAGCAGCCUCCUCCAUCCAGAAAGCCAAAGGCUACAAGUUGCUUGAGGAGGACAGAGCCACGUCACACUUCUUCCCCCUGACUGAGGUAGGGGGGAUGGAGGCUGGCCGGCUGCCGGCUCCGUACGAGCCAUUUGAAGAGAAAUCGGACGAGGCGACCACACCUAAAAAAGACGUGUCUAAGGUGUACGAUGAAACGCUGCCCUCCUACGCCCAGACGACCGUGAUAGGACCGAGUGUAGCGGCGGGAGUUCUACAAAGGGAUGAAGAUGAGGACGAGAUGGCCGUCGAAGCCGACGUGGAAGCCAGCGAGACGAUAGAAGACACGCGACCGCUCAGCAGCUUGAGCAAGGCCAGCAGUCGGGCAAGGUCAGAUGACUUGACGGUAUAAAUAAUAUAGAACUGGAUUGGAAGAGCAGCAAUAUAAAUUGUAGUUUUGGGGAAAGCAUAGAAAGUAAAAACGAGUGAGAGAAAGAAAGAAAGAAAGAGGUGCCUUUAGGCAACUGCGGCGACACUUAUAAUACCAGCUUGAUAUUUUGAGGAAGAAAACAAUUGAAAAAAAAUAAUGCUGUGCAAUUUUCAUGAGGAAACUUGAGAGCUUGAUUCAUUUUUUUUAUACAGCAGUAUUUUUUGUACUGUUUUUAUCAAACAGUCAACAAACCAAAGUUAGAGAUCUGCAGCAGCUAGAUCUACGUCGGGAGGAGUUGGGGGAACUUAUUUAGCAAAAACAUGAGCUGUUUUUUAAUAAAUAACAUUUUCUAUCCAGAAUUUUACUUCUCGAAGGUGAGAUUCUGAUGUUUACAUUUUUUGGAUUAGCCAUUAGCUGAAUGUUGUAUGUGAUAUUUUGUUAUUAUUCUGAUAAGAAAAACUGUCAGGGCAUCAUCCUUUUCACCUCAACGAUUUCAACCACACAUGAUGAUAAAUAAUCAAUCUUAUUUUGAUUUGUAUGUGAAUGGUACUGUAAUGGAUAGGUGUAUGUGUGAGGUGAAACAAAUGCUGAUAGUUUCGUUGCACAGUCGUUCAUCAUGGCAUACUAGCAAAAUAUAGACUAUUUAUUUAAAAGAAAUGACCACCGCUGAUAAACGUUAAACAUAAUACCUUGUUUCUCGUUUCAGUAACUUACAUUAUGGGUCUCUUGAUUUCAUAAACUGUAGGUUAGAGUGUCUCUAGCAAUAACUGUAAUAAUAAUUCCAUUAGCCAUAGAAAAGAUCGUAGGCCACAUUCUUUCUAGUCUCUCUGCGCAUGCAGCCAUGAUGAUGAUGAUAAAGAUCAUGCCCAAUCAGCACAAAGUAUUGUUCAACAAGAGACAAUAAAACAACAUUACAUGACAUGUCACCACAGGCAGUCUGACAUCCUUGAUGUUGUUGGAAACAACAUUUUCACACUUUUGUCCUCCAUGAUGCUUCAUUUAAAUUCAAAAUAUUUUAAAGGGCAAGAACAGAAGCGUUUCGCCCCUUUAUUGACUUACCAUUUAUAUGGUACUUACCAUAUAUAUAUAUAUAUAUAUAUAUAUAUAUAAGGAAAAAAUUGUCAUGUAAGAGUUUCAGCUUCCAAUUAUUUUAUUAUUUAUUGUAAUUAACUCCUGACCAAUUAAAUUGUCCCUUUGUUUGUAAAACAUCCACAGUUCUACAAAAGUCAUAACACAUAAUUUACCAAAAUAUAUGAAAAUUGUUCAUUUCACAUCAUAUGAGUGUUUAUGAUAACAGGUAUGUCAAAAGAGUUAAAACUACCUGCAUUUUUAUCUUUUCUUUUCUUCUCUACCCUGCUAAUGGUUUCAUAUUAGUUUGGUUCGAAUGUAAUAUCGUUUUAUUUUAUGUUGCUGCCAUGAAGAGAGGAUAAACUUUUCCAGAACCCAAAAAAAAUGACUGGAGCUAGAAUUGAAAGGCAAAUUUUCUGUACUUUUUAGUGGCUAUAUAUUGUAUGUGAAGGUGAUUUCACCAAGUACAACAUGUUACUGGAUCAACAUUCCAAUCAACCAAUCAGAUUUGAGUAUACAGUUUGUCAAGUUUAGGCUUACAACCAGGGUUAGGUCCUUUGGUGUUA